AGAAAGUAAGAAUGAGCAUGAAUGAGAGGGAAAGACUGAGAGAGGAAGAGUGAGAAUGCGGCAGAGUUAGUGAGAGUGUAAGUGAGAAAGCAAGAGAGAUAAAAAGCGUGAGAGAGAGAAAGGCGUGAGAGUGAGAAAGCAAAAAGGUAAAACAAAGAGAAACGAAAAGUAUGCGUAAAAGUAACAUGCAAAAGUUAAAAUAACAAAAAAGAAAAUCAUAUGGAGCAAGGUCCGCGCUAAAUACUUAGCGGAAAAAUAUAUAUAUAUUAUUGCUUUUUAUGUUUUUUGUGUUCGUCUCUUGCUUUAAUGUAAGAAGAAGCGUGCAUUGUUAGUUGCUGGUGUAGUUUUAUGUAAUUUUAUAUGAGAUAUUUGUUGAAAGGAGGCUUCAAAGUAAAGAGUUAUUGACAAGAAGAAGAAAGUGAAAAUAGGUAUAAAUAUAUUAAAUAAACGAAAAGAAGCAGGAACUACGUCAAAUUCGAAGGUAAAGUUAUUGUGUGGAAGCAAAAAUAUCGACAAUUAAUACACUAUAUAUAUAUCGACAAUUAGAGAACGACAUUGCACAGUAACACCAUUUAUAUAUAUAUGUGUUCGCGACUAAACGUUUGGUGGAUAAUAUACACGCAUACUUACUUAAACACGCACAUACAGAUAUAGUAUUUAUGCAAUGUGUUGUAUCUUUAAUAGGUACAAAUAUAUAUAAUUCAUUAUCACUCUCUAUGUUAAACUUAAGUUAUCAACUAAAAUCCGUAUUUAAGCAUUGAAUAAACUAACGAAAAUCGACACGAAAUAGCUACAUAAAUCGAGUAGAAUAAUAAAACGAAAGAAGAGAAGCGGAUAAAAACGUCGAAGAAAUGGUAAAUGAGAAACUUCCAGAAAACUCCUGGUCCGACAACCCAGCGGAUGCAGAACAAUUCAGUGAUGAAGAAGAGGAAAAUGAUAUCGAUACCAAUGAGAAUCAUACCACGUCGUGGUCUCCUUACGAAGACCCAUAUCAACGACCGAACCAGGUCAAUCAGAAACUGAUCCCAAAUCAAUCGCUGACGACAUCGAAGAUAUCGUUCUUGGCAUCACUCGACGAUGUGUGUGACAUCGAUAAAGAGAAGCAGCAGAACAUCAAGAAGGGCUUCAGCAUGUUCGAAGGGAUGUUGCUGGUCAUGAUGUCACUGAACCUUUUCAUGAUGAUGGGGUUCCUUGGCUGUAUGGGGCUCUUCUACAUCGAACUGCUUGACGAAUUCAAUCUCACCCGCUCCAUUGCCUCGAUGGUUGUAUCUGUACCCUGGGGAUUUGCCUUUGGAAGUGGAAUCCUAACUGGUCUCCUCAUCAACCGAUUCCCAUGUGGGUUAAUUAUCGUCUUUGGUUCCCUCAUGAUGGCCGGUGGAAUCAUUGCCAGUUCCUUUGCCUCCAACAUUAUCUCCCUUAUUGUCACUCUCGGCAUUUUUUCUGGUAUUGGUGGCAGUUUUAUCUUCAUUUCCUCGUUCAUUGGAACCGGAUUAUAUUUCGGUCAGAGAGGCUCGUAUGCCAUUGCUAUUGUAUCCGUGUCUGUUCCUCUAGGAUUUCUACUCUACCCACUUCUUGCGACAGUGCUCAUUUCAGAAUUCACUUGGCGUGGUGCCAUGCUAAUCCUUGGUGGCAUUUCUUUGAACAGUGUACCUUUUGGAAUUAUCAUUUGGCGGGUAAAACUAAGAGUAAAGAAUGAAGAAACAGUUUUGGAUGUUAAAGCAAGCUCGAUUGAUGAUUUUGGCAGCGUCCUCUCCAUCCACAAAAAUGACAUCACUUUGAAGUUAUGUAAAGACAUCUUCUCAGACAAGAAAUUUUGGGUGUUCCUACUUGGAAUCACCAUGUUAUUUUCUCUGGUGACUCUGAUCUUCAAUCAACUGACUGAUUUCUGUAUAGAACUUGGCUAUAAAUCAGUUGCAAGCAUGGCUUUGACCUUCUUCAACAUCCCAUCAUUCUUUGGACGUGUCAGCUGCAGUCUGUUGCUCCGAUUUACAAAAAUCACUUCACCCGUCGUCUUUGCCGUAACCCUCACUUUGUUUGGAUUAACAGUGUCGCUGGUGUCAGUUGCAUACAAUUUCCAAAGCAUCAUCGCCAUAAUUACCAUAGCAGGUUUCUUCCAAGCACCUGCCACUGGUAUCUACACAUGUGUCAUCAUUGACAUUUUAGGAUUUCAAAGAGCUGCAAUGGCUCAAGGUAUAACAGACACCACCUACGGAUUAACAACGAUCCUCGUUGGAUAUAUAGCAGGUAAGUGUAUAAUUUAUGCAUCUAACUUUAUAUACAUUACUUUCACCUGA